CUCAUUUAGUAGUAUUGCAUCAUCAAUAUGACGUAUCCUAACUGUGUUUUACUGUGGCACACAUGGUAGAUUAUUAGCAAUAAAAGUUCUAAUUUUUAAGUUUUUAUGGUGAUAUGAAGUUAAGAAUUUAAAAUUCUGCAUAAGAUAUAAAAAUGGCGCCAAAAAACAAAGAAAAUACAUCUGGAAAUAAAAAGAAAAGACAAAUUUCUGAAGAAGAAGAUGAUGAAGAUUAUCGAAGACGUAGAGAUAGAAAUAAUCAAGCAGUGAAACGUUCUAGAGUUAAAAGUAAAUUACGUACCCAACAAACAUUGGAACGUGUAAAUCAAUUAAAAACAGAGAAUGAAUUACUUGAAGAAAAAAUUAAAAUGCUUACAAAAGAAUUAGGAUUUUUGAAAGAUCUUUUUCUUGCACAUGCAGGUUCAAGUCAACAUUCUGUAAAUUUUCAAGAUAUAGAUUUGAAUGCUCUUUUGGCUGAAGAUACAAAAUCUAUGGAACAAAUGAAAGAAGUAUCUAAACCAUAAAUCAUAAUAAAUUCCACGUGAAAUAAGUAACGUGGUAUUGAUCAGAUCUAAGAU